AUGGCGGAUCAUACUAAAAGGGAUGUUGUUGAACCACCCGGAAAAGAAAAGGACUCUGAGAAGAGUAUUUCUGAUAGGAGGGCCUUGCUUAAAAAGGCAUAUACUGAAAGGAGGAGGGCGGAGCGAGCAAGGCAAGAAAGGGAUGGAGAAGAAUCGCAAUAUCCUGACGUAAUAAUCAAAUAUCUUGAAAGUCAGGCUAUGCGGCCUAAGCCUGCUCCUAAAAAAGCUUUUGAAAUCCCGAUCUUAGAAGAUGAUCAACACUUGGAUCCAACUUAUUAUCACUUCAAACGGUUGAAUGCAAUUGCAAAUCGCAAGUACACAGGAGGCGUCGAUUAUACUAACAAAUUGGUUAUCACUGGGACUAUGCCCAUUCCUGACUUUAUAGCCAAGUAUAAAAGCAUGGAACCCAACAACUUUUGUCAUAUGUUCCGUGAUCAUUGCCUAGCUGGGAGACUUAUGAGCAAAGUAUAUUCAUCAGACGUUAUAACGUAUGAGUUGGUUGGUUUUGGUGGACAGAUUCAGGUCAAGGCUUUUCCAAGGUUUGCUUUUGUAUCAGAAGAUUACUUUCUUGAGGUGCAUUCUGAUUUGAGAGUUGGAGACUAUGUUUGUUUUAGAGGGUUUCCAGCAAUUAUCGCAAGAAAGCUGUGUAUGGUGCCACAUUUAGUCAGGCGUUUGUCGUAUUGUCUUUAUAAGAUGCCACCCAUGCUGCCCGUUAUGGAGGAGUUUGAUGCAUCAACUCCAGAAAGUGGUGGGUCUCCCGGUGCUUAUAUCUUAAAGGAUCAGGUAUUCAAUACUAGCGUCAUGCAAUAUGUAACUCCACAGUUAGUGAACAGUUUAUCGAUCCUUUCAAGAAUAAAUUCCUCGAUUUUAGGAAAUGUCCCAUCUUUAGCGUGUCAAAUGGGCUUAAGUCUGUUGUGAUAGAUAUCAGGGCCAAUUGGUUUCAUUUGGUCAAAUAA